AUCUCAGUCAAAUCGGUACAGAACUGUUUCAGAGUAAACGUCGUUUUAUACAACUAUUAUUAUUAUAUUUGAAUUGUUUUUGCUUUAACAUUGAUUUAUUUCUAAUUUCAUUUCCAGGUGAAAUAUCUGCUCCUCAGACUCAGGUAAAAAAGUAUAAUUUUCUGUAAAAGUUCCACCUGGUUUAAAAAUACUAUUGCGAUUGUUGCUUUAAAUGUAACGCAUUCCUUUUCUCUUCUGAAUUCAGACAUGAACUCGUCGUCUUGGUCUAACCUGACGGUGGUGGUGGAGUACAGAGACUCUUUCACCAAAGCCCUGACAAAGAAUGUGAUGGUGGUUGUUCUCAGCAUCUCCAUCAACUACAUCAACAUUGGUCUCAUACACACCUUCUGCAAACAUCAGGUCUUCUACACAAACCCUCGCUACAUCCUCUUUAUCCACCUAGUGGUGAAUGACAUGAUCCAAGUGACGCUGUCCGUGAUCCUGUUCGUCAUCAGCUACGUCAUCUACAGACUCCAGGUCCACGUCUGCUGCGUCCUGAUCCUGAUCGCCCUCUUCACCACGGAGAACACUCCUCUGAACCUGGCCUGCAUGGCCGUGGAGUGUUACAUCGCCGUCUGCUUCCCCCUCCGUCAUGUCCACAUCUGCACCGUCAGGAGAACCUGGUUUCUGAUUGGUCUGAUCUGGACGACCAGCAUGCUGUCGGUUCUUCCGGACCUCUUCAUCACUUUAGCCUUGGAGCCCGUGGACUUCUUCUUCACCCGGGUCUUCUGUCUGAGGGAAACGGCCUUCAGGAAUCCUGCGAUCAUCCAGAAGAGGGACAUUACUUACAUCAUCUACUUGGUCAUUGUCUGGUUCAUCAUCUUCUUCACCUAUUUCAAGAUCCUGUUCACCGCCAAGACGGCAAGUGGAGACGCUAAAAAAGCCAGAGACACAAUAGUCCUACACGGGUUUCAGGUUCUUCUGUGCAUGGCCACAUAUGCAGAACCAUUGCUGAAACAUACACUGUGGCUCUAUUUCCCCAGGAACUACACCGAUUCCCUUUUUGCCAUGUACAUCAUCGUUCAGAUCCUGCCACGCUCAAUUAGUCCAAUCAUCUACGGCAUACGGGACAGAACCUUCAGGAGUUACCUGAAACAGUGCCUGCUGUGCAAAUUCGGUCAAACGGAACAUCUUUCUCUUUAGACCAUCUAGGGUUCCUUAGAACUUCGAGCAACCAAGCUGCAAGAAGAUACAUAGUUAGAUAUUAACAAGGACUAUUUUAAAGGCCAUGGGUGGGUCUGUGAAACCUUAAUUAGUCCAUAGUUCUAAGUCUUUGGAAAUUGUUUUCUUGUAUUAUUGUAUUGUACUAUUGUUCCUACAAAGCAAACACUCUUAGUUCCUGGUAGUUUCCCUAGUUCCUGGCUUGCAGAGAAACAUGGCCCACAGUUGUAUCCCUCUACCCUACUGAGCUUUCUAGUUCUA